CAGACGCCAUUGAGGGAAAAAAAAACAACUUCGCUUCAUUUAGCCAAAAUGGCUGCGCCCAUAGAAGAUUCCGAUAAUUUGUUAAUCUUUGUGCAUGACCGUCGCACAGAGGCAUCUCCAGAAGUAAAACUGUCGCUCUCUGGUAUCCAGUCAUAUUUAGCCUUUAGAGACAAAAUAAAAGAGGUUCUCAAAAUAGAUUCAGAUGACUUUGUGAUAGCUACAACAAGUAGAGAAGAAAUCAAAGAUCAAGAGUCAUUUGAGUUUAUUGAAAAUGGGGAUACAUUUUACAUUCUCAAAGAAGUCACACAAGAGUUAUGUGCUCCUACCCAUGAAAGAGUGGACUAUCUUCCCCACUAUGACACGAUUGUUAAAGGUGGCAUGUAUGAAUACUAUGCGUCUGAGGGACAAAAUCCAUUACCAUAUGCUUUUGCUGAGUUGAUUGACAACUCUAUAGCUGCAACAGUACUGAACGAUGGUCCACGCCAAAUUGAGCUGAGACUGUACUUAGACGAUGCGGCUGUCAACAAAAACUGUAUUGUUGUCAUUGACAACGGCAAAGGAAUGACUCCACGUCAGCUUAAUAACUGGGCUAUUUAUAGACUUUCAAAGUUUACAAGGCAAGAAAAGAGAUUAAGUCAAGGGAAAAAAAACAGUAAAAGCAAUCCAGACAUUGAAAUUACGGAGCAGAAAAUUGUGGAUGACUCCCUCAGUCCAGCUGGCACCUGGGCCCCAAAGUUCAUGAACAGUGACAUCUCCUACUUUGGGGUUGGAGGGAAGCAGGCAGUCUUUUUCAUCGGGACAUCUGUCAGGAUGAUCAGUAAACCCAAAGAUUCUACUGAUGUCCAUGAGCUGGUCAUCUCAAAAGAAGAAUUUGAGAAAAGAGAAAAAAACAACCAGUCCAUCUAUACAGGAUAUAUUAAAAACAGAAAGCCAGGAGACACAUCGCACAUACAUUCAGAGGAGGAUAACCUGAUCAAACUUAUCACAGAGGAACCAACUAGAGGCAGUUUCACUGCAGUGGUCAUCCAAGGAGUCAACACACAGCAUGUGACCUACUUAAAGCAGAACUUUAAGAUGUGGACCAGACAGUUGGCGCACAUCUAUCAUUUCUAUCUUCAUGGACCUGAUGGAAAUAAAGAAAAUGUCAGCAUAUCUCCAGACACAUCUCCCUUCAAUAACAUCAAUAUUACUGUAAAUGUUCACAUCCGAGGUCACCCGAAUCCCAAGUCUGUGGAGCUUAGGACUAUAAUUGAUGAUAUGCAAUCAAUGUUUGUGAGAACUGCUGCCAGCACCUUUGAUUUUAAGGCCUAUGUGGAUGGGUCCACUGCUGUAGAAGGGGUGAUCAGGUAUCACCCUUUUCUGUAUGACAAAGAGACUUAUCCUUCAGACAUCUAUGGAGUGAAAAUUGACACAGAACCUGAGGAUGACCAUGGCUAUGCCAUCAAUGAUCGUCCAGCAAGAGGAAGAAGACCCAUUUUUGAAACCUAUUGGAAUGGUCGACUCAUUCCUUAUACAGUCAUUGAAGACUUUGACUGGUGCUCAUUACCAAAGAGACAAAAAAACAUACCAUCCGAGUGCUACAACAGAAUUUCUGGUGUCUUGUGGACGAAUGAUAGCUUCCAGGUCAGCACCAACAAGCUGACCUUCAUGGACCUAGAGUUGAAGCUGAAGGACAAAAAUACAAACUUUGUACGGAUAGUCAACGGUCAUGACAAAAGGACCAGCAUUGAACGAGAGUUUCAGUCCUGGCUAAAGGAAUGCAAUGAAUUGUAUGACAAACAGAUUUUCUUCUUGGGCAACCAGGGUCAGGUGACCAGAACUGACCUGCCCCGACACAAACAGAUUCCCUGGACCAAGUUCUCUAUGGUGGAGUGGGAUGGGAAAGUCUAUGACACUGGAUUGAUGGUUAGAAUUUUGAGAACAACCCCUGCACUUUAUGGUACCAUCCAAGCAUUUUAUCUCUACGGUGAAUAUGAGGGAGACAUCUAUGCCAUGGGAGGUGACAUUGAAAUAUUGCAGGAACCCCAGUCUUUGUACUCGGAAAGAAGAUUUGUUCCCAUCAAUAAACUAGACAGAGGGACUUCAACGUUGCAGAUUAAAAAAUACAUUGAAGAAGAAGAAUCCAAAUUACCUGAUCAUCUGAUUGUCACAUGGCCAAAUGGAAUGGAAGUUGUACAGAAUGAGAAAAGAAAUGCUGGUAAAACUAUAGGUGAUAUUAAAGUCGAGAUUUCCAACAAGAGAGGAGAGAAGAUCUCCAAGAUUCCUUUUUCAGCAGCAGGCACAAAGAAGCUGUUGGUGGAACUGAAGCUUAUUUGGCAUGCCUCCCAUGGAGAUGAAACAAUUGUCUCCCUUGUAUCACAGCAUGGUAAAACUUGGCCCUACUGGUUCAGGAAGAUGGACAGUGCUAAAAAUCUGGGCAACUACACUCUACAGCUGAACACUGUAUUGAAUGAAUCAGGGAACACGUUGUUUGCUGGGAAAGAGUUACCCUCUUAUAAAAUCAAGUUCUCAGUCAUAGAAGCUGAUCCUGAAAAGUUCACAGUUGGCAUCCUAGAUGGACCAUUUAAAGUUGGCGUCCCUUUUCAGAUUCCUCUAGAAUUUCAAGACAAGUACAAUAACUCUACCAGAGCUCCAGCUAAACUUAAACCCAUGUUGGAUGCUGAUGGUCUAGAACUAAGCUAUGAGAACACACAAAUCAAAGGCAACAGUUGUUUCAUCAAAGGAGUGGUCGCCAAGGGCAUUGUCACCAGAAGUUCUGAAAAGAGCUUCAACCUUAAAGUCUCGAUCCCUGGACUAGAACAGACUCACUUGCUGAAGAUUCGACUACUACCAGGUCCUGCAGCAAACCUUGUGGUGAAGCCAGAGACUGAAAUUACCAUAGAGAAUGGCUCCGCCCCAACAUAUUUCCUUGAAGUACAGGACAUUGCUGGGAACAUUACAUCAGGAACAAAGUUAAAUGUUGUCGCUAAGAUGAUGGGUGCUAGUGGGUUGCCAAUUAUGGUGAUUGACUGCUCAGCGACUGGGACAGCUACUCUGGUUUGCAAACCAAUCUUCAUUAAGAAUAUGUCAGGGGAAAAAAACAUCACAGUAGUAUUUGAUAUACAGGGUUCAAGGGGUAUGAGCCCUAUAGAAAGGAUCAUUCGAGUCGUUCCUAGCAACAGAGCCUCUGUCAUCAAAGCUUCCUACAAGUCUGGCAACAAAGAAAUAGAAAUAAAAAAUGGAGACAUACUAGAGCUGGAGGCUGGCACAGAACUGAAUCCCAUUAUGUUUGAAGUAUUGAAUGAAGCUGGUGAAAUAUUGGAACUUGAUGACAAGUUGGCAGCUAAAAUCAAGGUCAACUGGGCACCUAAGUCUCUCAAAGACCAGUUGCAGAGAAAAUGCUUACCUCCAUUAAAGGUGUCCACUUCAGUUCUAGAACCAAAGUAUUGCAGCAUCAGUUUGAUGGAAGGGGAGGGCAUUGAGCUUCAGUUUACUGUCAGAUCACUCCCAGCCCCAGCCAGUCAGUUGUUGUGUGAGCUGAAAGGAGAGAGUUCCACUUUGUUAGGGGAACAACUCCAGGGAGCCAUCCUAGUCUCAAUGAAAGACAAAUUUGGCAAUCAGGUUCCGUACUUAAACUCGUGUAAAGAAAUCAGCUGUUCUGGAGAUGGCUUGAAAGUUCAAGAACUUAUUAAAACACUAGAUAAUCAAAAAUGUCUGAUCAGCAAUCUUAUCUUCACGUCCAUGGGGAUGAAGGAAGUGGAGGUCAAGUGGAAAGAAUUAAAGUCAUCAGUCAAGUUUGAAGUUAAGGCUGGAGCCCCAACCCAGUUGGAAGUGCUAGACUGGGUUGUGGAUGAGCCUAUACUGGUAUUCAGUGGGAAACCACUCAGUCAGCCCUUCCGUGUUCAGUUGUUGGAUGCCGAGAAGAACCCCUGCCACUUAAACAAUGUCAAGGUUCAAAUUGUCAGAGAUCAGAAGUUAAAGCUUCAUCCAGCUCCUGUCUUUGUCCGAACUGACAACUUAGGGAUAGCAGACUUUGGUGUACUGACCAUCACAGCCAACAGUGGUAUCUAUGACAUACAACCUAAGGCCAAUAUUUUCAAAACUGUCAUCAAUGGACCUAAAUUUAUUGUUAACGUCCAGCCAGAUCCAUUGAAACCAUCCGCUGUAGAGGUCAGCUACAACCCUAAGAUGACCAUUACAGCUGGACAGACCUUUCCAGACUUCACAGUUACAGUCAUAUCGGAAGAUGGUAGUCUGUUGAGAUCUGCUACUCUAGACCAGGUGUCCAUGAGACUGUGGAGGAAAGAACCAGAGGCAGCGAAUGCUAAGCCAGAAAUUAUACAAUUUCAAGCCAGUAACAAAGAAGAUGUUGGAACAUUUUCCUUCAAAAAAUGUCAAGUUCCUGAGACUUCUGGAAACUAUAAUGUAAUGUUUGUUUACUCUGGUGGUUCCGUGGAACUACUCAGUAUUGUGAAUACAUUGAUUGUUAAUCCUGGGUCUCCGGCUGAACUGAUUUCACUGGAUCGUAGAACCACACCAACUGUUUCCAACACCAAAAGUGCAGCAAGCAGGACGCUCAUCAAAUCUUUAGUUCUAGAGCUCAGGGAUGAAUUCCACAAUUCAUUGACGAAAGGUUAUAAUGGAAAGGUCAAAGUUCAGAUCACUUCUGCUAAAAAGAUGGAUGAGAUUCCAGUGUUUGUGAAUGGAGACACCCUGAGGGAGUUUCCACUCCUGGCUGGACAGUGCACUCUCCAGAAUCUCAUCUUACAAGAGAACGCUAGUGGUAAGGAUGGCUUUGAGUACACGUUGAGCUGUACAGUACAGUGUGAACUCAUCCCCAAGAACAAACCUGUGCCGCCACUAGACAUUCCAUUCUUGUUUUAUAAUGAUGCCAAGAAACAACAACAGAUGGCAAGUCUGUCGGUGGAGAGGGAUACUUUACAGAGCACAAUUAAAACCUACAAAUCUAUGUUUGAAACACAACAACAGCUCAUUGCAGAACUCAGAGCUGCUGUGAAUGAAACCUUGAAGGAAGAACAAAAUCUGAGAGGUGAACUCAGAAAACAAAAUAUUCCUGGCACUCAGCUCCAGUCUGUUGAAACAGUGGACAAGUUGAUAGCUGCCAGAGUUAAAGAACGUGAGCAAGUUCUGAGGUCACCAAGACGAACUUGCUCCCUCUCACCAGCUGAAACUUCUGAUACAGACAUUCUUGGCAAGAUUGCCCAUUUAGCUCUUGUUCAGCAGGAUGAAAUUGCCAGAGUUUUGUCAUGGCAUAUGUCAGCAGAUAUGGACUGUGUAGUCACUUUGACCACACAAAAGGCCAAAGAAGUAUAUCAAAGAACCCAAGGUAGACAGCAAGUGCUUCCCCUUGACUCAAUCUACAGAAAGAAUUUACCAGAAUGGGAUAAGCCACUGCCUCACAUAAGGUUUCAACCCAAAUACAAACCAGCAGGUAAUCCAGUCUAUGCUAGGAAUCUACUUGAGUUUACACGAGAUGAAGAAAGCUGUAGAGUUGUAUUUGGUAUGUUAUUGGGAGACACACUGAUAUUGGACACAUUGGACCAAGCCAAUCAAUACAGACAAGAGAUUAUCAAAUACACUCACUGUCCAACCAUAUUGACCAGAAGUGGUGACCGUAUCCGCAGCAAUGGAAAGUUUGGUGGCACUAUGAACAAGGCUCCACCAAUGGACAAGCUUAAAGGUUGUGUGUUUGGCCAGCCCCUGCCUAUAGCAUAUCAUGCUCUGUGUACUCAAAUAGAAACUCUAGAGAAAUAUAAAACAGCCCUGGCAGCCAGCAUCCAGUCUCACGAUGAGUUGCAGGAACAAAUCAAUUUACAGAAAGAUCCUGAGACUCUGGAGAAAUACAAAGAGUGCAAGGAAGCUGAGGUCAAGUUGAAGGAAGUAGAACAGAAACUGGGGAUGAAUAUGCCAACAAGAAAUCUGAAGCAUCAGACUUCUACUCCAACUGGCACAGAACCUGCUUUGAAAAAAACUAAAAGUGAACAGUCACCUGCUACUCCUAGUAGACUUUCUGUUGUCCACCCGUCCCCAAGGUCAAGAAAUGGUCCUAGCCCCAUCGUUGUGGAUCCCUCUGCCACUCCAUCGCGGAUGAGCUCCAGGAUAGCCUCAAUGACCACAGUCAUUUCAGAGGAUGGACGCAAGAGACUGAAAAAAUCACUGUAAAGAUAUGCUACAAGUAGGUUGUGCUGACCUGGUGUGAGGUCACUGGGGAAUCGGACCAAGCACACUGUGACAAAAUUCCUUUCAUUGGCACUGCAACAUUAUUUUUUUUCCUGCCACUGCCAACAUAGAGGUCGUCUUCCUGCCACUGCCACUAGCUUUGCCCUUCUAGAGUGAGAAAGUCUUCCUAUACCAACUCUACUUUUUUCUUAUACUGUACAGUACGGUACUUCAGUACGGUAUUAGGGGAAAAAAUCAUAUUUCUUUUUGUAUGCAACAAUUACAAAUAACUUUGAACACCAUUAUAAAUUAACCUAAUUAAAUCUUUUUGCGUUUUGGUUGAUUGUAAAAGUAAAGCACAUUAUGAGCAGCUAGAGUUGUAACAAGGCUGGGUUGUUUUCUCUCCUGCUGGCAGCAAAAAAAAAAGUCUCUAACUGAUGAGAGAGAACUCUCCACUAAUGAGGAUAGACAUAGUUCAUUACAGUUUAGAAGGCAAAGACAAUUUUGUUUUCAUAUAUAUAAUUCUCCAUAUUUUUAAUGUAAUAUAAAAAUCUUGAAUGGAUUUUUUUUCUUCAGAUGUUGAGAUUGUGUUUAAGUUUUUUUGUUUGUACAUUAGACAGGCGUUAUACUAUAGAGACUAUAGGCAUUAUUUGUAUAGUGAACCAAAUCUAUGAAGAUGGUCUUAAUAAUAGUACAGACUUAAGCGCAGCUGAUUUCGUGCUUUGUCAAAUAGUGUUCAAAAACUUUCAAUGUGUUUUCAAUAAUUUGAAUGAAUUUUAAUAUAGUACAUCCUUCUUUAUGUAGUAUCUAAAAGACAACUUAAAAAUUGUAGAACUUUUGGCCAAUUAUUCUGAUUCAAGUUUUUUUUUUAUCUUUUCCAACACAAAUUAAAUAGGAUUUUUCAGCAUCAAACAAAAUUAUAAGUUAAAACAAGUCUCAUUCAUUACUUAUAUCAAUAGGUUUCAUAUCUAACAAUAAAUAUUAAGAUUUUUCUGAAAUGGAAAAUGUGUUGCUUUUGGUCUGAAUGUUCAACCUGCAAGUGUUCUCAAAUUAUGCUAUUUCAUAUGUCUUGUCUGAAUUGGAAGAAAGUUUUUUGGGGGUUUUGUUAGGUUGUUUUUUUUUUCAAUGCUCAUGUGUGUUUUUGUAACAUAUAAUAUCAGCAUUUAGUCAUUCAUCUCCCAUUCAGUCAUUGAUUCAAUCAUUUCUCUUUUCUUCAUGUUUAUGAAAAGGCAGCAGUCAAACAAAAUUUGAAUUCCUUUUGUUUUAUUGGUUUUGUAAGUUGACAUUUAUGUGUAUCAGUCACUCAGUUGAUUCAAGUAAAAUGUAUUUCAUAAACUUG